AUGGAUACGAAUGGAGAGAGAGAGCCCUUCCUCGUCACGCACCAGAUCCUCAUCACGGCCUACAGCGCCAUCAUCGCCGCGGUCAUCAACAUCUUCUACGUCGUCUUUGAGUGGCGCAUGGUCCUGGAUCACGCCUCGCAAAAGACGCGCAUCGCGCGCAGGUCAACGAUUAAUUUCCCACUGGUGGUGCUCGGUGAUCUGCUGUGUAGCUUCUCGCUGCUGCAGGCGUUCAUCGUCGUGCUGAGCCACAAGAGGCUGACGUGAUCAAAGUUGACGCUGCGUAGCUGCAUCCGAGUCGGCGCCUACUUUCUCGGCAACAUCCUCUUCACAACCGGGGUUGUCGUCAUUGCCGUCAUCGGAAAUAACGAGCUAGCUACGCUUUAUGGCAGUGCUUUACACUAG